UCUCCGCAACGUGGCGCUACUGAUGUUCAGCUGUUUCUAUCUUCAGAACUUGACCCAUAGUCUCUGCAUAACCUACAACGUGUGAACACUAGUAGGUCGUAUAAACAUAAUUAAUUAUAAUUUAAAUUUAUAAUCUAGACGAUGGCAGAAGCUUUUAAAAAGGUUACUUUGACAGGUCUAAAACAAAUUAGCAAUCCUUAUAGUAUUUUGGAAGUUCUUAACAAUAAAAUAUUAAGUGGAUUGAAAACUUUUCCAGAGAAUUAUGCAUAUCGACAAUGUACAGAGCAGAUUGUCAAAGAACGAAUGGAUAUUUUAACACAAAAUCCAAAUAAAGAAGUUGCAGCAGAAAAAUUAGGUGUCAAAUACAUUGAAGAAGUUAUCGAUCAAGCUAAAUUGGAAGUAACAUUAAUAAAUAGAAUGAAAAUAUGGAAACCAUGGGAAAAUUUAAUUGAAGAAGCUCCGGUCAAUCAAUGGAAUUGGCCACCGCAUAAGUAAAUCUUGAUUGAAUUUAUAGACAACUGUAUAUAGAAUAAUACUUUAUACAUAUAUUCAAAGUAGUAUGUGUAACAAUAAAUUUAAAUUAUAAUUAUUACAA